GACUACCGCCUGUCGACUCGAACUGUCACUGUAAAGGCACCUUGACCAAGCUCCAAGGUUUCCUCGGUAUCAAGAGCUAGUUACAUUUUACGAGGAAUAUACUAAAUACUUUAAUUGUAAACUCAUUAAGUUAUUCUUAAAAUAUAAUUAACUAUGUCGAAAGUAUAUAAGACAGUGGUUGUGUUUGCCGACCGAUUAGUUCCCAGUAAACUACGUCCCCUUUGGGAACACGAAGCUGGUCCGAAAACGAUAUUCUUCUGGGCCCCAGCUUUUAAAUGGGGCUUGGUGUUGGCUGGUUUGGGUGAUUUGCAACGUCCCGUCGAGACCUUAUCCAUUCCACAAUCAGCAUCACUUGCUGCCACGGGUAUCAUAUGGUCACGAUACUCACUUGUCAUAAUACCAAAAAAUUAUAGUUUAUUUGCUGUUAAUGUGUUUGUAGCAAUGACUAGCCUGUAUCAGAUUGGUAGAGCUUUCAAACACCAACAAUCAUUAGAAGCUAAGGCUAGCAAAUGAUGUAAUCAUAAAAACAGGGUUAUCAUAUAUUAUAAUAAUUGUCAUUAAAAGGAUUGUUUAAACACUGGUAUUGAAAAGUCUACAGAAUAGACACUACUAAGACAGUGUGAUUGAGCCGCAAAAUAUCAAUUAAAUGUAUGAUUAAAUUUUCCCGAAUUAAUUUGGAUUUUUCAAUUCCAGUGUUAUGUGAUUCAGUUUUGCAUAAAACCAUUUCAUAUGAAUAGUAAUAGGGAUCAAUCUCAUAUGGUAUUAGGUAAUAUAUCAUUAUAAUAAGCUCAAAUAUAAGAAAUCUGAUUAGUGUGUCAAUUAGUUGCAUUACACUUUAUAGACAUAGACAUUGCUUAGCUCUUAAGAUAGCAAGGCUCGAAAUUUACAUUUUAUAUCCAUCUGUGAUAAUUGUAGAUAUAUUAUGAGAAAAUAAGAAGCAUCUUCUUUUUAAUGUUAUGCACUAUAAUGCAUUGUAUCAACAUUUUAUUGUUAUAAUGUUAAAGUAAGGAUUUUAAAAGUUGACUAUUUUUGUAAAACAUUUUAUUUGUUAAUAUGUAGAAAUAUAUAUUUCUCUAUUUCAACAUUUUAUUUUCUUUAUGUUAUUACAAGUGCAUGGUUGCAUGUAUCAGAUUUUAAUUCUUGCAAUUAUAUUAUCAAAUAUCCAAAUAUGUAUACUAUACAUAUUUGUUAAAAUAUAUUUUGUGUAAUAAAUAAUAAUAUUCUUUUCAGUGUAUUUUACAAUAUAGUUAGAUACUGUUUACUAAUACUAUUAUUGGGAUAAUGGCUUAAAUAACAUGAAUUUUUAGACAAUUCGCACAAUUCGUUAUGUGAAGUCAUAUUGUAUAAACACGUACGCACGUAUUCAGUAGGUAUGUAUGUUUAACAAUAAAUUAGUAGGAACAUUAAUUUAAUUUACCAAAACAGUAUUAAGGGCGAUUCUAAUAUCUUGUAAUCACCCACGAUCCUUAAGAACGCGCUAUAACCAAAAUCACUCAUCGUUAUUUAUGAUUUGACUUAUGUGAUGAUUGAAUUAAAAACAAUAAAUAUGUAUUGAUCCUUCA